UUUCAUCGUAACCCGGUUUAUUGUAUGGUUGUUUUACUGUCAUGUGACGAAGAAGAGAGUUUUCACGUUUAGGCAUCUUCGAAUGUAAUUUGCUUGAGAACAGAUAACGUAGAUUUGAUUGUCUAUUGAUAGCUACAUUUUCGUAAUUGUAUACGUUUUUUGUUUCUGAACUGAAGAAGGAAAGAUGCUGAACUUGGAACGAAUUCCAGACCAAGUGGGAUACCUUCUUUUGACAGAAGAUGGCGCUGUUAUUUCGUCUGGUGGGGAGAUGGAAAACGAUGAGCGAAUUGCAAAUGUUAUUUAUGGUCUGAUCAGCUUGGCUGACAAAGUUGAUUCAACUAUACAAGAGGAGGGUUACAAGAGAAUUUCAGUUGUGUACGAUGACCACUGCUACGUUAUCUGUCUCUCCAACAAGAAGAUUCACGUAGUGAAGAGGAAGUUCUUGCAGAACCAUACCGAACCUGCCGUUGCCUAGCCAUGCGUUUUAUUGUACAAAGAUAAAUUAAUUUGACACUGAAGGUGAGCCUGGUAGAAUAAGUGAUUCUACAACAGCUUACUCUGACUAAUUUACUGUUAGACUGCGGUAGAUGUUACUGGCCAUUCUAUCUUCCUCACCUCAUGUCAAGUUGGCAGUAAUUCAAAGGAACUCUUCUGGUGUGAUGUACUUGUUACUCGAAGUCAUGUCGUUAGUUGAUGUCCUCCGGUUGGUGGUGUUAAGUUCAUGAAUUUUGAAAUGUGAAUGAGUGAAAAUUAAUAUUACUAUGAGAUUUUUCCCUUACUCAUAAUAAUGAUGCAGGAUUAUUUACGUAUAAUACAGGGUUAAGUUACUCCGUCGUUUUCUUCAUUUUAUAUUCUCUGCAACGUCUUUAUCUCUGCUGUGUGAAAAUACGUAAAUGUUAGAAUUUGAUUAUCAGAGUUGUGAAACCUUCCUGUCCUCUAUUUAAAAAAAUAUUAAAACAUGCAGAACCUUUUUUUUUUUGCAUGUGAAAUUUGAACUCUAAAUCUAGGGAUAGGGGGCUGAGGGGAAUAUUUGGGGUGAAAGUGACCAGCGUGGAAUAUUUACAUAAUUUUUUCUCCUCACCAAAUAUUUUUAGAGUUAAAUCAUGUGACUACCUUGCAUGGGGAGAUGAGAAAUGCAUAUAAAAUUGUCCUGGAGAUACCUGAGUGGAAGACGGACGGUGUAGACAUGAUUGUGGUAUUGGUGCUCUAUUCAGGAAGGAGAGGUUGCUAUAUAUGUCCAUCUCUGGUGAACUGGCUGUUAGUGGAAGUAGUUGCUCGGUUUUUCCGGUCUGAGGGGCCAGGUCAUGAAGGUGUCGUUCUCAUGUUGGACGCAGCAGCAGAGAUUUGCAGGUUGCCAUGUUGAGUGUAUCUACUUCAGAGUCCUCUAUGAGGGUCAUUUUUCUGUUCUCUGUCCUGACCCACCUUUCCUGUUUGGUCUCGACCACCUUCAUCUCCCUCGACUCAUGAGCUGUUUCCCUCGGUUUAGUCCUUCUCAUAACCCUGUAUAAAGCAUCCUCUUUCUUGUACUUCUUACAUCAGCCCUGACGAUGAAGUCAGCGUGUUUCUCAGACGUGCUGGUACCCACUGGUAAGUCAACCGUGCAGAAGGCCAACCUUUCUUGUUGGCUAUUCAAUCACAGUCUGAAUAAAAGCCUACUCGAUGAGUUAUUAAAAAAGCGGUAGUGUCGUAUCAGCUGCAGAGAUAUGUCACCUUCUGCCGGUAAGGAGCGGAGUGGCUCUUUUGGUUGAAGAUGCGUAAGUACUGUGCCAACGCAGUCGACCCUCAUACUGUACUUUAAUUUGUCGGUAUGAAUGAUGUGUUGAAGUUGUUACCAUUGCUGCUUCAUAUUCAGUAGGUUAUAGCACGAAAAUAAAGUAUCCUGAUGGGUG